GAGAAAAAAAAACCUCAUUCGAACUUCGCAUCGCUUUUAGGACUGACCUCUUUUUCGCACAAAGGCAUCCAAUUGGAACCGGUGUCUAUAAAUUCUCAGCUUAUUUUUGCCGCUUCUCUACCAUUCAACGCCCCUCUAUUUGUAAAAGGAUUUCAAUGUAAUCGGACGUUCGAAGCUCCCAUACGAUAACAAUCUAAGCUGUUAAAUUCUUAACCGACUCGGGUAUGGACUCACCGCCUGAUCGACGGUGCAGAAGAACCGCCGGUCUUGGUAAGUGGCGGUGCAGGGAAACGGCGUUGCCUUCAAACUCGUACUGCGAGAAGCACUAUUUGCAAAGAAGUAAGAAGGCGCAGAACAUUAUUCGUAGAGAUAGAGAUGACGACAGCGACCGUAAAUCCCACGAGUUAGAGAUCAGAGCUGGUCGGAGGAGUGACGUCAGCGGAAGGAGAGGUGAAAUCAGCGGAUCGGAGAAGAAUAAGAAGAAGGAGUGGAAAGAGGAGGAGUUGAGCGAUGGAUCGGAAGACGAGGACGGGCUUGUGUUGACUGAGAUGUUGUCCAGGGAGCGCAAGAAGGAAGAGAAAGCCAAGCUUGGUGUCAAGGGGAAUAACGUUGGUUCUGGAAAUUCAGUGAAGGAGAUAGUGGAUUCAUAUGAAGGAAAAGUUAAUUCCAGCAAAAAGGACGGCUCUUCUGGUAUGGCCGUUAGGAAUGGCACCGCGGGAGAGGUAAAAUCCUCCAAGAAGGAUAAGUCGAUUAAAAGGAAAGAAUUUGGAAGUUUAAUGUGUCAUCAGUGUCAAAGGAAUGAUAAGAGUGGUGUUGUUUUUUGUUCCAGUUGUCAGAGGAAGCGAUAUUGUUACGAGUGUCUUGAAAAGUGGUAUCCUGAGAAAACAAGGGAUGAAGUUGAGGAAGCAUGUCCAUAUUGCUGUGGCAAUUGCAAUUGUAAAGCUUGCUUGCGUGAAGUUUUGGUUGUCAAGGAUAGCCACAAGGACUUGGACAUCAGUGUCAAAUUAGAGCAGCUAAAAUACUUGCUAUAUAAAGCUCUCCCAGUUCUCAGGCAUAUAUACAGGGAGCAGAACUCUGAAAUAGAGAUUGAAUCAGACAUAAAAGGAUCUCAAUUGACAGAAACAACUGGUAUGACAAGGUGUAAAUUGGACAAAAGUGAACGUUUGUACUGUGACAACUGCAAUACAUCAAUCGUUAAUUUUCACAGAAGCUGCCCCAGAUGUUCUUAUGAUCUAUGCCUAACUUGCUGUCAAGAGUUAAGAGAAGGCUGCCAACCUGGCGGUAAUGAAGCAGAAACAUCCCAGAGCCAGUUUGUAGAAAGAGCUAAUUUUCUAACACAAAAGGAUGAAAAAUGUAUUGCACCAAGGAGUAGACAUGGACAGGAGAACCAAGUGGGUUCAACCAGUAAUGAUAAAGCUGAUUUGUUUUCUCACUUUCCUGAUUGGCAAGCUAAUGCUGAUGGUAGUAUUCCAUGCCCUCCAAGUGACCGAGGAGGUUGUGGUGCUUCAAUACUUGAGUUGAGACGUGUUUUUAAAGCUAAUUGGGUAACUAAGCUGAUAAGUAAGGCGGAGGACAAUAUCAGUCAAUACAAACCACCUGAUGUUGAUUUCUCUAUAGAAUGUUUUGAAUGCCAGCCAAAUGGUUCAGAUCGGAACCGCAACAGCAGUUAUAAUGUGAGGCACGCAGCUAACAGGGAAGAAAGUCAUGAUAACUAUUUAUUCUGCCCAAAUGCUGUUGAUAUAUCAGAUGAUGAAAUUGAACAUUUUCAGAGGCACUGGAUGAGGGGUGAACCUGUGAUUGUACGUAAUGUUCUUGAGAAAACAUCUGGUCUUAGUUGGGAACCCAUGGUAAUGUGGAGGGCUUUUAGAGAAACAGGUGCCCAUGUAAAAUUCAAAGAAGAGACUCGAAGCGUGAAGGCCAUUGAUUGUUUAGAUUGGUGUGAGGUUGAAAUUAAUAUUCACCAAUUUUUUAAGGGCUACUUAGAGGGCCGUAUGCAUAGAGAUGGGUGGCCAGAAAUGUUGAAAUUGAAGGAUUGGCCUUCAUCAACCUUAUUUGAAGAACGUUUGCCCAGGCAUAACGCCGAAUUUAUUGCUGCCCUCCCUUACAGUGACUACACUGAUCCAAAAGCAGGCCUUUUAAACCUUGCUACACGGCUUCCAAAGGGAUCGUUGAAGCCUGAUAUGGGACCCAAAACAUAUAUUGCAUAUGGAUUCUCUGAAGAACUUGGUCGAGGUGAUUCAGUGACAAAGCUGCAUUGUGAUAUGUCUGAUGCGGUAAAUGUAUUGACACACACAACUAAGGUAAAAAUUGCUCCCUGGCAAUGCAAAAACAUAAAAAGAAUGCAGAACAAACGAGCUGCUGAAGACUUGCAGGAACUCUAUGGAGGUGUAGAAAAGGCUAAGGUUGGAAUGGAAAGAAGAUCACUGAAGAGAACUUAUGGGGACAAGAUCAACGUUACUGACUGUACAAAGAAUGGAGGCAUGGAGCAUGACCAUUUGUUGUUGGAAGAGAAACACAUAAAGGUAAGGAAACUGGAUAAAGAGCAAUCAGAUACUAAUCCACCAUUUACAAAUUCCAUGGAUCUAAGGAUUGUUGGAUUGGAUGAAUCAAAGCCUGGAAUGGGACAUUCUGUUUCUCCUGAAAAUGGGAAAAACAAUAGUACCGGGACAGAGUUGCUUCAAGUAAAUGAUUCAAAGCCUCAUAUUCUUGAUUGUAAUGAAAGUUACUUGACACAAUCAUUAGGGUGUAAUAAUAACCCUGGCAAAGUUGAACCAGACAAAUGCUCUUUGUCAAGGAGAGUGGAUGAAAGAGCUAAUCUGUUGGUUGGAAUUUUGGCUAAGAAAUCAAGCAUGUUGGAGCAUAAUGUGAAGGUAGAGGCAGAGUCAUUUCCUGAAAAUAAUGACAAAGGGAUAACUGAUCAAAAAAUUGAAGAAUUUGAAACGAAGGAAAGCUCUUCAUCAAGAAACAGAAUGGAUAAGGAUAAUUUGGAAACUAGAACAAUGGAUCAUAGUUUAGAGGCUGAGGAAGGGGUUAGAAAUAUUUCAGGAAAUGACCAAAUUGAUGAAAAUGUCUACUCUCCAGAGUUAAAUGCAUCCACAGCAGAAAACAAGAUUGUGAAGUUAAAUGAAAAAAGAGAAAAGCAAUCUGAAGAGGAAGGAAACUGUUUUUCUUAUGGUGCAAAUGUUUCUGAAAGGAAUUUUGCAGUUGGAAAUUUGACAAGCCCUACUGAUUGUGCCACUUUUUAUAUCAAUGCAGUUGGAGCUGAGAGAGAAGGUGUGGCUGAUUCGAGUGCAUCUUACCUGGAAAAGAUUAAAUGUUCCAAGGACAUGGAUGUAACAAAGCUUACUAAUGAUAAAGACAUUUUAGGGAUUUCCUUCUCUGGUGACAAUGGAUGUAAUGGUCCCGAGUCAAAAGAAUCAGACCAAGAGCCUAUCAAGGAUAUAGAAAAUAAUAAUAAGUCAAAAAUGGUCAAUGGUGGUGCUGUCUGGGAUAUCUUUCGCAAGCAGGAUGUUCCCAAAAUCAUUGAGUACUUGGAAAAGCACAAGAAGGAAUUUCGCCACAUUAACAAUCUUCCUGUAAAUUCUGUCAUUCACCCCAUCCAUGAUCAGACUCUUUUCUUAAAUGAGAGGCAUAAGAAACAACUGAAAGAGGAAUUUGAUGUGGAACCUUGGACAUUUGAGCAAUGCCUUGGUGAGGCUGUUUUCAUUCCUGCUGGAUGUCCUCAUCAAGUGAGAAAUAGACAAUCUUGUAUAAAGGUGGCACUGGAUUUUGUCUCUCCUGACAACAUUGAAGAAUGUAUUCGGUUAACCAAAGAGUUCCGCAUGCUCCCAAAGAACCAUAGAGCCAAGGAAGACAAGUUAGAGGUUAAAAAGAUGGUGCUCUAUGCUGUUAGUUCAGCUGUGAAAGAGGCCCGAAGCUUGAUGCCUAAUCUGGCUCUUGAUCCUUGGUGUCAUGCUUCUUCGUCGACUUGCUGUGGUAGUUCCUCGCUCGACAAGGUUCUUCAGCAGUAAAGAUAGCCAUGACCUUGCAAGCACCAUAGCUGAACUCAACAAGGAAAUGGAAUCAGUCUUUGGUGAACCUCCUCCGGAUGGGUUUGCCAAUUCUGGAAAUAAAAGUUUCAUAGGUCAAGAAUCCCAAGAUAAUUCUCAUUUGAUUU